AUGCAGAAUAAAUCUUUUGUCGGCAUCACUAUUCACUUUUUAGAAAAAUCUAAGAUAACGAGCGGAACUAUGGGGGUAUUUGAAUUGUUUGAAAGACACACAGCAGAAUAUAUGCAAAGGAGACUUACAGAAAUCUUUGAUGAAUGGUGUGUUUCCAUAGAUAGGGUUACUGCUGUAGUAACUGACAAUGACAGCACCAUUAUGAAAGUAAAUAGAGAAAUGUUUGGUGAAAAUAAAAUAAUACCAUGCUUCGCACAUACAGUGAAUUUAGUUGUGAUCAAUUCAUUGGAUAAAGCUAAAACUUCUUCUCUGAUCAUAAGCAAAAUACGUGAAAUUAUUAAAUUCCUUAAACGCACUGUCAAUGCCAGUGAUGAAUUACGUAAAAAGCAAAGGGAUUUUGGUGUGAAGGAAGGCCAGACGAAGAAGCUAAUCCUUGACGUCCGCACUCGUUGGAUUUCCACUUAUUAUAUGUUAGAACGCUUUAUAGAGUUAGUGUCAACGAUAGGUGCAAUACUAUUAUGUCGUUCUGAUGCUCCACCGAUGAUAACAUCUAGCGAAGUUGCAUGCCUCCGCGAAAUUGUCCAACUUUUAGAACCGUUUGAAAAGUUGACUAAAGAAAUUUCUGGACAAAAUUAUGUCACG